ACUUAUUUAAAUUGAUUUCAAUGGCGUUUCAGUGUCAAAGGGACUGUUACAUGCAAGAGUUUGUCACCUCAGUGGUGGCUUGCUCACCUGGUGAAAUGAAACAAGAAAUCAAUGGGAAGAAAGAAACCGUUAAAGGCUUCAAUGUCAGGCUCCAAGACACCAUAUUGUUUCCUGAGGGAGGUGGUCAGCCAGAUGACCACGGGCUGAUUGGAGAUGUGCCGGUGCUGCGGGUGACGAGGCAGGGAGCUGAGGCUGUGCACUUUGUGAGUUCAGCUCUAGAGGUGGGCCAGGAGGUGCAGCUGAAGCUGGACUGGGAGCGGAGGUUUGACCACAUGCAGCAACACUCCGGGCAACAUCUAGUCACAGCUAUUGCAGAAUCCAUGUUUGGGUACAAGACCACAUCCUGGGAGUUGGGGCGUCAGCGCAGCACCAUAGAGCUGGACACUCCCUCCAUGAAGCCUGCCCAGAUGGAGGCCCUCGAGGCAGCAGUCAAUGAGAAGAUACGUGCUCAUGUUCCCGUCGCUGUUCAGGUCCUCUCCUUAGAUGACCCUGCAUUGGAAAAGGUGAGGAGUCGCGGUCUCCCAGAUGACGCAGCGGGGCCUAUCCGGAUCAUUGACAUCGAGGGCAUUGACGUCAACAUGUGCUGUGGGACCCACGUGUCCAACCUCAGUCACUUACAGGUCAUAAAACUCCUGGGGACUGAGAAAGGAAAGAAGAACAAAACUAAUCUGUUAUUUCUGGUGGGAAACCGGGUCCUAAAGUAUGCUGAGAAAAGCUACAGCACAGAACGCUCACUGGUAUCCCUCCUCAAAACGGGACCAGAUGAUCAUGUUGAUACAGUGGACAAGAUCCAGAAGACUGUUAAGGGGCUACAGAAAAGUAACCUGGGCCUCCUGAGAGACAUGGCUGUUCUAAUAGCCCAGAACUUCAAGUGCAACCCAGAGAGGGGCAACUUCUUCACCUUACACAAGAAGGAGGGUGACAACGAGUUCAUGAGCAUCAUAGCCAAUGAAAUAGGCACUGAGGAGACGUUGGUUUUCCUGACUGUUGGCGAGGAGAAAGGACCAGGGCUGUUCCUUCUGGCAGGACCCAGUGGGAAAGUGUCUGAACUGGGACCACGAGUGCUGGAGAUGCUCCAGGGCAAAGGGGCUGGGAAGAACGGGCGCUUCCAGGGCAAAGUAAAUAGCAUGGCACGCGGGGAGGUGGAGACCCUAAUACAGGAACACUGCAAGAACGAGCAGUAAUGGAUGACUGGUGUGUAUAGUUUUUUGGCUAUAUCGUAUAAAUGAAUAAAAAAAAAAUUGGCUAAAUGGUCUUAAUUUAAGGUAAGGGUUAGGCAUUAAGUUUAAAAUCAGAUUUGAUGACUUUGUGGCCGUGCCAGCUAGUGACCACUGCAGAGCUGCCUCCAGUACAAGAUUAAUUUCAGUAAAAGUCAACCUGUGCUUUGCUAAGUAACGAUACUUCUGACCUCAGUGAUGACCACAGUGUACAGUCUAAAUCGAGCUGUAUAUAUUAUGAAGAAGAAUACGAGAUAUAUUUAUGAAUAUAAGUACAAGGAAAAUGUAAAAAUUACCAUGUUUAACAUGUUGGACUAAGGAAGCACACCCAUGUAAUUAAUGAUUAACAUUGCAUUAAUGAAUGUGUUUGAAGAUAUCCUUUUUAAAUUGUAUUUGUUCUGUGCUUAUCAGUCUUUUUUUAAAUGAUUUUGUAUAUUUCACCUUCAAUAAAUCAAAGGAAAGUAUA